CGGCGGGGGCGGGAGCGGAGCCGGCGCCAUUUUGUCGCGGGUGGCUGAGGGAGAAGCGGCGGCGGCGGCGGGAGCGGGCGGAACUCAACGCCAGCCCCGGCCCCGCGCCGGCCCCACACCGGCCCCGCAUUCACCCGCCCGCCCGCCGGAGCUCACCGGAGACCUGGCGACCGUGUGCUUCGAUUCUCUGAAGAUGGCUGCACAGUCAGCACCGAAGGUCGUGCUAAAGAGCACCACCAAGAUGUCUCUGAACGAGCGCUUCACUAACAUGCUGAAGAACAAACAGCCGAUGCCGGUGAAUAUCCGGGCCACCAUGCAGCAGCAGCAGCUGGCCAGCGCUCGAAACAGACGUCUGGCCCAGCAGAUGGAGAACAGACCGUCUGUGCAGGCCGCUCUGAAGCUCAAACAGAAGAGCUUGAAGCAACGCCUCGGCAAGAGCAACAUCCAGGCGCGGCUGGGCCGGCCGGCGGGGACGCUGGCCCGAGGAGCCCUGGGGGGCCGGGGGCUGGCCCUGGGCCAGCGGGGGAUGCCCCGGGGGGCCCUGCGGGGCCGCGGCGCCCGGGCCAUGAUCCGAGGAGGGGUGGCGCUCCGAGGUCAAGGCCUGCUGCGCGGCGGGAGAGGGAUCGCCCCCCGGAUGGGCCUGCGGAGAGGCGGCAUCAGGGGCCGCGGGGGCCCGGGAAGAGGCGGCCUGGGCCGGGGCGCCAUGGGCCGGGGAGGGAUCGGCGGCAGAGCAGCAGAUACUCUUUUCUCGAAGCUCCUAGCUCCUCAAGAGCUAGCAAAGGAUUGUUCCUAAAACACCAUUCUGGUGCUGGGCUGGGCUUAAGGAACCCUCAGGACGUUCCGAAAUCCUCAGGGUGAUGAGAAGGAGCUGGGAGCGUACCCGCGGGUCGGGCCGUGCCGGGCUGGGGGCAGUGAGCGCUGGCUGUCCCCCGGCAGGGCGCGGCAUGGCCGGGCGCGGCCGGGGCGGCUUCGGCGGGCGCGGCAGAGGCCGGGGCCGCGGCAGAGGCUCGGCGCGCCCCGCGCUCACCAAGGAGCAGCUGGACAACCAGCUGGACGCCUACAUGUCCAAGACCAAGGGA